AUGCGGCAGGCAGCCGUGACGAGGCUCCAGCAACAGCUGAGCGAGUGUCGCCGCCUGAGCAUGUGGGCGACUGCCUUCUGGCUGUGGGUGUGCGUGUACGGCGUCACACACUGGUGCCUCGUCCCCCUCAUCAUCGGUGACAACUCGCUGCCUUUCGACGCUCUCUAUCUGUUCGACGCCAGCCUGCCGCCACUACGACACGUGGUGCACUGCCUGCAGUACGUCGCGGGCCUCCAGAACAUUCUGCUGUCCGUGUUCUUCGACCUGUUCGUGCUGUGGCUGCAUUUGCUGCUGUGCGCCCAGCUGCGCUACCUCGCCGAGAACCUGCGCCGCCUUCGCCGGGUUACAGACACGGACGAGCACAAGAAACUACUGUUUGCCUGUGUCGCGCAUCACAGCGACCUCCUCAGCACAAUCCAAGAGCUCAAUUCAUGCGCAGGUCCCAGCUUCUUCCUCCAGUGCUUCGAGAAUACAAUCCGCAUGUGCAUGAUUGCUUUCAUGGCCACAACAACAGUCGCUGACCAGAUGCAGGUGUGGAGUUCGGCGCAGUUCUUCCUUGCAGCCGUGGGCCAGCUCUUCCUGUACUGCUGGUGUGGCCAGCAGAUCUCACAUCUGUACUGUAAAGGAAUUUUCCAUGGUGAGCGGGCUGCAGUGCAGUCCACAAAGACAUAUAAUGAUGAGGAACUGCCCCAAGGAUAG